AGAUGGACCGAGCCGCUGAAGCCGGGCAGCCCUGAGCGUGAGCGCUGACACGGGGGCUGGCUGCUCCUCUUCGCCCCGCUCCUUCUGCUCUCCCCGCUGGAUGUCGCAUUGGACCAUCUUCAAGUGAUACAAGACUUCACCCCGUCGGGAAGACUUCUUAUUAUUAUUUAUUUCCUCAGUGGACAAAAAGGGGGAGCUAGCAUGGCUUCUAACUUCAACGACAUAGUCAAGCAGGGAUACGUGAGGAUACGGAGUAAGAAACUGGGGAUCUUCCGGAGGUGCUGGCUUGUGUUCAAGAAGGCAUCGAGCAAAGGACCGCGGCGGUUAGAGAAGUACCCAGAUGAGAAGGCGGCCUACUUCAGGAGCUUUCAUAAGAUCACCGAGCUCCACAACAUCAAAAACAUCACCCGCAUGCCCCGAGAGACAAAGAAGCACGCUGUCGCCAUUAUAUUCUGUGACGACACCUCCAAGACUUUCGCUUGUGACUCAGAGCUGGACGCUGAGGAGUGGUGCAAGCUUCUGUGUGUGGAGUGCCUGGGAAGCCGCCUGAACGACAUCAGCCUGGGAGAGCCGGACCUGUUAGCAGCAGGGGUACAGAGGGAGCAGAGCGAACGCUUCAAUGUUUACCUAAUGCCGACUCCGAAUCUGGAUAUCUAUGGAGAGUGCACCAUGCAGAUCACCCAUGAGAACAUUUACCUGUGGGACAUUCACAACCCACGGCUAAAGCUCGUCAUGUGGCCGCUCAGCUCACUACGGCGAUACGGACGGGACUCCACCUGGUUCACCUUUGAGUCGGGAAGGAUGUGUGACACCGGAGAGGGGCUGUUCACAUUCCAGACGCGGGAAGGGGAGAUGAUCUACCAGAGGGUCCACUCUGCCACACUGGCCAUCGCCCAGCAGCACGAGCGCAUGAUGGAGGAGCUGGAGAAGAGCUCCCAGAUCCACUCCAGAGAGAUACUCACCAAGUCCAUCUCUCUACCUCGCAGCGCGUACUGGCAGCACAUCACGCGCCAAAACAGCGUGGGAGACCUCUACAGUUACCAAGGAAGCGGCCUGAGUCUAACGUUCAUCCCUCGUGCACAGACCUACCCCAGUUUUCUGUCAGAUGAUCACGAGCCUGAGGAAGAGAGCAGCCAGCUCCAAGAAGAAGCGCCAACGCCCUCUAGUGGCCGCGCGUCGAGUUGCAGCCUGAGACCUCUUCAAUGACAGCACCAAAAACGUGGACUGUUUCAAGCCAGCUACUGUAGAAAACCUGUAGAAAUCUGUAUAGCGACACACAUGUAAUAUAGGAUUUCCCAAUGCUCCUUAAAACCAAUAGUGUCAAAUGUAGACGAUACGAAGGCCUUUUAAAGAGGGAUAUUUUGUGUCGGCUGCUUGUUCGUGACCUCGGCUACUUCAAGUGCACCAAAAUGCUUAGUAGUUUUUAGUUUUCCCUUGUUUCAUUACCUUCUACACGUUACAUAGUGAUUGAUGAGGGAACAUAUGGCUCAUUUGAAUAAAGUGCAGACUCAGCACUCGGAGGAACACCACAUUUUUGACAAACUAUUUUUCACCUCAACAAUGUAAAGCUGAACAACAUCCAGGAACUUUAAAAGUCCUAUAUUACAUAAAAUUUACUCGUGUGGAACAUUUAGUCGUGUUAGAAUGGUGUUACCUCUUCAAAAACACACCUGGAGUUGUGUUUUGUUUCAUUCACACAUUUUGGUUUAACCCUUCCUGUAAUACCAUAUGAUAUCACAAGGUAGAGUAUUUUCUGUUUGAGGGAAUACUCAAACGGGAAACACUCAGCAUAAAUGUAAAUAUGCAAAGUUUGUGCAUUAAACGUGUGAAUGAAACAAAACACAACUCCAGGUCUGAUUGUGAUGAGGAAACAUUAUAACAUAGAUCAGAAAACAGCAUAAUAUGGGCCUUUUAAUAAUGAUUCCACUGUAUAUGUCCCAAAUUUUACUUUUUAAGACGCAUUUAAACAGAAUAAACAAACUUCGAUGGACAAUUCAAACAAGUAAGAAUAAAAAAGUAGUUGGGAAAAGUACUACGCAAGUAAGAGUAACUUUAAGAGUAACUGUCAGGAUGUAAGAUCUGAUUUAUAAUUUAAAGUUGGUGUAUUUGGAAGAACAAAACAUAAAUAAUGCACAAAAUCAGGUGUUUAAAAAAAAAAAAUAGACACAAAAAUGAGAAAAAACAACAUCAUAUCUGAAGGAGCGCUGCAAGAAACACAAAUUCAAACCAUUUCACUUUGUCGACAUUAAGCUUUUGUCACUUGUAGACUUAUUUACACAGUGGGAAGAGUAACCACAACUUUUACUCAAGUAAGAGUACAGUUACUUCAAUUAAAAUAUUACUCAAGUAGGCCAGUAUGCUGCUAGCAAAGUACUCUGAAAAGUACAAUUUCUUACUGGGUAAAUGUAACUGAGUACUACCCACCUCUGCCAGUUAAUAUAUUAAAAUGUAUAGUUUGAGUUUAAUAUGUUCAUUAAGCUAAUUAGGAACAUUUAUUUCAUUUCAUGUUCAUAUUCCCUCACCUGUGUACGGUUCAGUAAGAAGUGCCUUCCAAAACCAAACCUUUGUUGUGUCUAGAUUUCAAAACAGAAAAAAACACUAACCUAAACCUCAUUGUGUUCUAUGUGUUACCGUUUGUUCAUAUAAUGGAUGACAAUCAGGCAGCAAAGUAAAUGUAUUUUUAUUUAUUUAAACUUGAGUCUUUGUGUUUUUACGUCUUGUUUUGUUACUGAACCUUGUAGCACUUUUAAGUAUCCCUCGUUUGGUUGAGACGUUUUUCACUUUAUUUUGUGUUUCGAUGUACUUUUAAGUCAAAUGUGUUGUCUAUGUUAACGUUAGUAUUUAUGUAUUGUAAAAAAUGUUUUCUGCACUAAUCGUCUUGUUAGUCCCAUUACAAUGUGACUCAUUUUGUUCGAGGACAGCUGAUCAUUACUAAACGGCUUUUAGUUGCAUUGAAUUGAUCGAGUAGCGUCACUUUUCUGUCCCUGUAUUCUGUCCACUGUUGUGUGUCAAUAGCACUUUUGUAUGUGUACGAGUGUAGGACUGCAGUUUUCACUUAAUGUACAUAUGUAAUGUUUUCAACGACACUGUAAUAAACUGAAUGUCUGUGUGUUGUGUAU